UUUAAAGUAAUUAGAAAAAUAUUAGAAGAUCCGGCUAUUUUCUUAGAAAAUAUUUAUAAUAUAAAUAAGACGGGAAUUAUAUUAUAUAUACUUGGCUCUAUUAAGAUUCUUAUAAAUAAAAAUAAUUUGCAAAACUAUAAAGAUAUAAGUAUUAAAUAUAUAAUAGUUACUAUUAUUAAAUAUAUAAAUACUAAUAAUAAGUCUUUAUUACUAAUAAUUAUUUAG